AAUAUGACCCAUUAAAAUUCAAAUGAAUCCGAUUUAAAUGUUGUUUUAAAUAUUUUAUUUUGUACGCCAUGAACCAUUUAGUGGUACUCCUCCAUACACCUCUUACCCCCCUUACCCUUUAUAUAUAGUAAGUACAUUUUGCGCAUGCGCGGUACAACAGAUUAUUCGUGUUGUGUUUCUGUGCUCUUAGAAAAUUAAAGUUUAUGGAAAAAUAAGCCGUUUGAGGACCGAAGAGAAGAAAUGGCAUUUUCCAUUUCGAGUUCAACCCCGUCCAUAAUUUCCGAUUAUUCUGAUCAAACGACCAAAUUAGAAGUUAGUAAAAAUGGCGGGGAGAAAAAUACUAUUGACAUUUCAAUAACAACCGAAUUAAAUAAUAAAAAUAAUCAAAAUCAACCAACCUUACAAGCAAAGCAUCAAGUUUUACCCUUUGUAUAUAUUCAAACGCCAAAAAUACAACAAACCCAAACCGCGAAUAAACCGAACAUUUUAGUAAAUACAAUUCCACAGUUGCAACUGCAAAACAUCAAUAAUAUCAAUAAUAAAUCGAAUAUUGCGUUGCAAGGUAAUCAAGGUGUUAUUUUAACAAAACCACAGCAAUUGGUUUUUCAAAAACCCUCAGGUGGCGUGGAUGGAGUACCACUUUUUACAAUGAUCAAACCAUUAUAUAAUAAAGACACAAAAACGAAUUUAAAAUUGACUAAAGUAAAAUCAGAAAAUUUAAAAUUAUGUACUAACACGGCUACGAUUAAUACUAACGGUCAUAAAUUUGUGUUAGCUCCAAUGCCAAAAGUAUCGUCAAAUAGGCUGCCCGUUACUGCAACCACAAAUACAGUACAACCAAAAAUUGCCAUUAUGCCAUAUCAAGUCCAAAACACCACAAACUAUAAAAGCAAGUUACUCAAUUUUAAAUUAACCGAAAACGAUAACAACACGAUCACAGUUUUGUGCGACCAAUCGGAAAAGAAAGACGAAAAUAUUGUGAAAACUAAAGAUGAACAGAAUGUUAUAGCGAAUAAAACCAACGACAAAUCCUAUCAAUUGUCGAUUGUGGAAGAUUCCAAAGACGUGAGUUAUACGGUAACGAUACCCGAAGAAUCCGAAAAACAUAAAUCGACAUCAAAAGAUAACACCAACACUUCAUCGAAAUAUUCGAAACAUGGCGUGUCCAUAUUAAAAAGGAAUUUUAAUUUGUUAGAGAAACCGAGAAAUAAUUUAAUAAUUACACCUGUUAUUAAUUCAAUUACGACAAUAUCAGAUGCGAAUACAAAAGAAGUGAAAAUUACGAACACUUUUGACGCUAUAGAUAAUCGCGAUUUAACUCCAGCUGUUACAAAUCCUAUUAAAUCAGAAGGAAGAAGAAGAAAAUCACAAUUUUUAUGUCGAAAAGAAUACGAUGACAUGACAACCACGGAACCCGAAAUUAAACCAAAAAUACCUAAAUUGAGCAAUAAUGAUGACGAUAUCCAAUUAAUGAUAUGCGAAGAUGAAGAUAAAGAUAAUAAAGAGCUUAUGGAUGUUGUUAAGAAAGAUGAAUCCUACGAAGAAUAUGAUGCUGUUAAAGAAUUAAUUUGGGAGGAUGGAAUUGGAACUUUACCUGGAUCGAAUUUAAAAUUUCAAAUCAACGAAUUUAAUUUGUUAGAGUUUUUAACUGACGAAGAAUAUAAAAAUAUUAUCUUAAAAAAAGACAAAUCAAAACCAAAAACAGAAUUGAAAAAGUCGGACAUUGAAGAAAUUAGAUGUUUACAUUGCGGCUGUUUUGGAAUGCUUUCAGAUUUUGUUAGCUCAAAUCACUGUAGUUACGAUUGUUUAUCGGCUACUGAAAAAGAAAAGAAGGAUAAAGAAACGAAAUUUAAAAGAAAACGAAAAAAAGGACCCUAUGUGAAAAAAAUCGAUGAUAAUCAAAGUAAAGAAAAAGAAUUAUCGGGAAGUGAUGAAGACACUUCAAAUGAUAAUUCCCAAGAUAAAUUUAAUUAUCCGUGGACUUGUAGUAAGAAAGGGUUUUCAUGGGCGAAAUAUUUAAUGCAUGUAGGUGCUAAAGGAGCUCCCGUCAAAUUAUUUAAAGAUCCGUUUCCUUACGCUCGAAAUAGUUUUCGACCGGGUAUGAAAUUGGAAGGAAUCGAUCCGCAACAUCCGUCUUAUUUUUGUAUACUUACCGUUGCCGAAGUAAUCGGAUAUCGAAUGCGAUUACAUUUCGACGGAUAUCCGGACAAUUACGACUUUUGGACUAACGCGGACAGUAUGAACAUUUUUCCCGCAGGUUGGUGCGAAAAAUAUGGUCACACUUUACAUCCACCACCGCGGUUAACCGAAGAAUUUAAUUGGAACAAUUAUCUUAAAAUAACGCGAUCAACAGCUGCACCUAAACAAUUAUUUUCUAAUCGAGUAGGAAAUGCAAUCUGUCCGAAUGGAUUUCGAAUAGGAAUGAAAUUAGAAGCUGUCGAUAGAAAAAACACUGCCUUAGUUUGUGUAGCUACAGUUACAGAUAUGAUGGAUAAUAGAAUUUUAGUUCAUUUUGAUAGUUGGGAUGAUAUUUAUGAUUAUUGGGCCGAUCCAACUUCACCUUAUAUUCAUCCAAUAGGUUGGUGUGAUCAAAAUGGACACAAUCUUACACCUCCAAAUGGUUGGCCAAAUCCUGAAAAUUUUACUUGGGAAUCUUACUUAAAAGAAACAAAAUGUGUGGCAGCUCCAGCUCGUGCAUUCAAACAAAAACCAGCAAAUGGUUUCAAAAGAGGAAUGAGACUAGAAUGUGUGGACAAAAGGGUUCCUCAAAUAAUUCGCGUAGCGACUGUUGAUGACGUACGAGAUCAUCAAAUUCGAAUUAGUUUUGAUGGUUGGCCAGAUCGGUAUAGUUAUUGGGUUGAUGAUGAUAGUAUGGACAUCCAUCCUGUCGGUUGGUGUCAUAAAACAGGUCAUCCUUUAGAACCACCACUAACUCCAGAUGACGUUUACGAUUUCUUAGAAUGUCCCACGGUAGGUUGCAGAGGUCAAGGUCAUAUUCAAGGUCCAUCAUAUCAAACACAUUCAAAUCAAAAAUAUUGUCCGUACGCUGAUGAAAAUAUAGAUAAUAUAGAGCAUAAUUUACCAGAUAGAUUGUUGAGUCCUGACAGACAAUUAGAAGCUGUGGUUCCAGUAUCGCGCGAACCAAGAGAAAGAAUAAAACCUCGGGUUGGUCGUCCUCCAAAACAAAUUCCAAAGUUAGAACCGAUUAUUCUAAAACAGGAUUCGUCCGAAGAGGAGGAUAAAAAACCAAUUGAAAAGAAGUUUGUUCGAACUUAUUCUAAAGAAGUGGUGAAAGAAGAACCUCCAAGUGUUAUAAGAAAAGAACCUGGCGAAUUAACGAAUGGAUUCGUUUCAAUUGAAGAACAACAAACAUGGGAAAGACAUAGUAGAUAUUUAACUAAUUAUACUAAAACAGAUACAGAUCCGAGAGAAUGGACGGAAAACGAAGUGGUCGAUUUUGUAACGAGUUUACCGAAUUGUAGAGAGCAUGGUGAUAUUUUCGGGAAACACAACAUCGAUGGGGAAUCUUUGCUUAUGUUGACGCAACAGGAUAUUGUUGAUAUUUUACAUAUUAAGUUAGGUCCGGCGAUCAAAAUAUAUAAUAGUAUUUUACUUUUGCGACAAAACGCAAGAUGUUAUACGUAGUAAUCUUCUUUUUUGUAUUUUAUUUAUAUUAUUCACUUUUCUUCCAUUAUUGUGAUCAUUUUUGGAAUGUACAUUCAAGUAAAGUAAAAAAAAUUUCUAUUUAAUGUUAA